AAAGUAUAACCUAUUUUAUUUUUACUCUGGACAAACAAAAAUCUUAACCUUUUCCAUUGAUAUUAAUUGUUUAACUGUUAUUGUUUUGUUUUCAUGGUUUAGGUUAUCAUUUUGUUAUCAUUAUUGAUAUUAUUAGAUGUUUUUUAAUUGUCACAAUGAUUAACUAAUUGUUAAGGUGUCACAUCAUCUCAGCCCCUACUAUUUAAACGUUGACACCUCGUUAAUUUUAAAUCAUUUACAAAUCAAAGUUUCAAGCAGUAACAACAAAUUCAUCUACUUGUAAAACAAAAAUAUACCAACAAUUUACUUUACCACCAGUGAAUUAAUUGCAAUUGUGUAACAAUUAGUUAAUCAUGUUCUUUUUAUUUUCUCUAGUUUAUUUUACUUUUGUGCUACAAGAAAUUGAUGGAUACUUUCAAUCAAGAGAUUCACCACCUCCAAUACCAUUUCAUCCUUUAGAUAGUAUGUUCAAUGGUGGUAAAGGUAAAACUCCUUUGGUAGCGGCAACUUAUUAUUUCAACUCUGAACUCGGUGAUUUAAGACACCAUAGAGAAGCCUUGUAUUCAGAUUCAUCGUCUUCUUCAUCAUCAUCCUCGUCAUCUUCAUUGGCAUCUCCAUCCUCAUCAAUCCCUUCCUCAUCACUUUCAUCAUCAACCGAUUCAGAAGAUGGUUACAUUGGCACUGAUGAUGUUUGUCAAGCGGCCGACGGGCGAAAGGGAAGUUGUUAUGAUGCCCAAGAGUGUGUCAAUAAGGGAGGAGUUCCGAUGGGAAAAUGUUCCAAUGCAAAGAGAGAAGGGACAGUUUGUUGUCUCUUUGAAAUAUCUUGUGGACAAAUGGCCUCAGAGAAACAUGUUUACUUCCGAAAUCCUGGUUAUCCACAAUCUUAUCAAUCAUCGAAAGUUUGUCGAGCUCGAAUCGGUAAAAUGGACAAAAAUGUUUGCUUCUAUCGUGUUGACAUGUUAACCUUUGACCUUGCACCACCGAAUCGAGGAAAUUGUUCCCAAGAUGUAUUCGUUGUCUCUGGACAGAACGAGAAUUCAGUUAUCCCCAAAAUAUGUGGACUUAAUUCUGGUCAACAUUAUUAUUUGGGAGUCGAUGAAUCAGAUACCGUUAGUUUACAUGCAUUGAUGCUUGGAAAUAGAAGGAGAAAGUUUGAUAUUCUCAUUACUCAGAUUCCUUGUCAUUCAGAAAUUUCCGCUCCAUCUCAUUGUCUACAAUAUUACACUGGAACCCAUGGAUCGAUAAAAAGUUUCAAUUACGAUUCGUCAACUUUAAACAUGGCCUUUGAAGGUUAUCCAAAUGAUAUCGAUUAUGUGGCCUGUAUAAAGAAAGAAUCGGGAUUCUGUUCAAUUUCGUAUGAACUGUUCACCGAUGGUGAAAAGAUUUCACCUUUUGCCAUUGGAUCAAAUUACGAUUCAGGUUAUUCCUUAUGGAGACCAAUUGUUGCCGAGUGUCCAGAUGAUUAUUUGUCCAUUGGUGGUGUUCGUCUUUGCUCUGGUAAACUAAUCACUCGAUCUCCGUCAAUAACAAUCGCCACCAACGAAACAACAAUUACCGAUAUUUGGAGGCCAUCAAGUGUCGUCCUUAAUGCGACAAUCGAUCAUCCAACAAUAAUAACUGAUAAUACAUCAGGUCCAUUUAUGGUCAGAUUUGUUUCUAAUCACAUCAGCAAUGCGAGAGGAUUUUACCUUCGAUAUAAGCAAAAUCCAUGUAAAUGAGAUUAUCCAAAUUUCCGUUAAUCGAAAGUCCAAAAGAUUUAACAUUUUAUAACUCGAAUCAAUUAUCUUUUAAUUGCAAUCCUGUCAAAUCCUGUAACUGUCAUCCAUAAAUGGAACCAUAAAUUGGAUUAUUUUAUAA